AUGUCAGAAAUGCAGGACAUCCGUUUAUCCACUGUAACUGCUACUGCCUAUCAUUCUACCGUAAGAAACUUGGACGAUUGGGACGCCUGCCAACUCAGCGAAUGGUUGCUUUCUUCUGAUAACACCGUAGUUUCGCAAGAACGCCCAGCUGCAGAAACGCCAUGUUCUAUCCAGAAUCCAAUUUGCCUUCUGCCUACUACACCAUCAAUCCGCUCUCCCUCGAUGUACAGAUCUUGUUUUCGUGAAGAGCCUAUCACUGUUCCCGUCCCUCGAGCAGACCUGAAGCGCCCACGCUCCGCAGUUUCUUCUUACACUGAUUCUCCAUUAACCGAAGACGAGUCGCGCCCUUUUUCGGCCCCGAAACGUCUGUACAACGAUGGCUGUGACUCCGGGCCAAGUUUGUUUGCCAGCAGGACCACUCUUUCUUUCGUUACGUCUGACUCAAUCACACUUGUCAAUGAGCAGGCACCAUCCGGCGAGUCGGAUCCUCCUAAAUCCACUCUAGAGGCUUUGGUUGCAUCAAAUUCGCCUAUGUUGUUUUUUACAGCAGACUACACUGCUGCAGCUGAUCGUAUCACAUCACCAUUAUGCGAUCUGAUCGCGGCUUCCACGGAGAAGAGUCGUACUCCUCUUCUGGAUAAUUAUGACACUGUGGAAUCGAAUUUUAAUUUAGACCUGGAGUCAACCUGUACCGACGUUGAAUCGGACAUACUGAAUCUGAAUUCCGCUGCAAAUUCAAUUUCCUCCUCGAAAUCUCUCGCGUCUGUGGAUCUUGGGGAAGCAAAUGUGAUGAAGGGUUCCGACUCGCACAACAACAGCCCCACAUCCAAUCUCAGCGCGUCUUCCGAGGCGCUUUCGAACGGUUGUGUGUCUAUCACCACCCACUUGUCUGCUUUUGUCGAGGCCAUACGUAGCUAUGCAGCAGAGUUGUGUCCUGUAGAUUGUGUCAUUUUGAUGGAACGAUGUCGCCCGUUCAAUUGUGAUACCUAUUUCAUGAAUACUUUCGCGAACAAUACCUCUGUCCCAUUCUGAGCAAUCUAAACGGUGGACCACCCUUAAAUGCCGAUUUUGGACGUGAUGCGUACACGUCUUUGUAUUCAUUACAUGGAUUCUAUUGGCGCAAACCAUUUCCAUCUACCACUUGGGUCCCCGACACACCUAUCAUCUACCGCAUUUUGAAACGCAUUGCGACGCUAGCAACAUGAGGAAAGGCAUUGCGAGUGACCAAAC